CAUCGCAGCAACCUGAUCCCGGGCGGGGCCAGAGCUGCGCAGUCAUGAUCACAGCGGAGGCCGCAUCAGAGUCCACUGUCCCUGCGGUGCCCGGUGAUACGGCCGCCACUGGAGUCCCAGAACGCGAGGAGCUGGUGUGGCCCUGGAAAGAUGCUCCGAUCCGGGCGCUGGUGCAGCGCAUCCACCAGCUGCAAGCUGAGCGCGCGCAGGCCUUCCGCCGGCUGGAGGAAGGCCACCGCCAGUACCUGAGCAGCGGCCCGCCCUACGACUUCCCGCGCUACCGGAGCACCGUACACGAGGUGACCCAGGUCUUCGCCGCCGCCUCGAGAGAGGUGCUGGCGGUGGAGGCCGAGCUAGCCGGACCCCGAGCGCAGCCGCUGCUCGCGAGUCACGUGCGUAGCCUGCAGCAGCUGGAGGAGACGCGACUGACCACGGUGGCCCUGCUGCAGCUGAUGGGGACACCAGAGCUGACUGGGCAGGACGACAGCCUGCAGAUGCACCAGCUGAAGAUGAAGGUAAUUAAAACCAUGGAAGCGAUCAGUGAGGUUCUCCAGGACCUCAGGUUUGAUGCGGAAUCUGCCGAGUGAUGGUGGCUCCGCAGGGACAAGAGAGAUGGAAAAUGGGGCAUAUGGAGCCCUGCUCUGACCACCAGCUGGCUGGGGUCACACCCCACCGGACCACUGACCCUCCCUGAGUUCACUUCACCUCUCAUAAUAAAGAACCUUCUGUCUGCA